GUGUAAGAGUAUACUCUUUGACUGUGUGGCUAACAUACAUUAGACGCGUUCUUACAUAUUUAUAUAUUUCAAGGAACUGCAUUCCUGGGAGGACGCUAACAUUUCGAUGGUAUCUUAUCAGAGCGCAUUACAAGCUAUUUUUAACACUGAAGAUCAUGAUGUUUUCUUCAGAUUGUAGGCAACCCAACAGUAACAGACUGAAAUAAUUGAAUUUGAGGCAGGUCAUCGUGAUGCAACUGAUUUUGAGCCUAUGAAGGACUAAUAGAAUGCUGUCAGAUCAAAUGAUCUUUUUUGCAGUAGUGAGGUCAUUCUGGUUUACAAACGUUUGUAUCUAAAUAACAUGGACAUAGAUGUGUUGAGGUUAGAGUCAAGUCUAUGGAUCGGCAAAAAAAGAUACCGGGCUGUCUUGACAGGCUGGCACUUCAAUUGGACUGAGCUUGAUAAGAACAACCCAGAUAAGCUAACGAUUUCAGUGGCUGUGUCUGAGGUCAUUGGAGCUGAGGAGGGGCGAGUGGAGAUCCUGCCCCAGAAGUCUGUUGAAGAAGCAGACAGAGACUUCACAGUGUUCUACAUUAAGCGCAGCAGAGGAGGCGGGUCGUCUGGGUUGCUAUGGAGACUGGGCAGGACCCAGUUCAGUUGCCCCAGCCGAGACCUGAGAGACCAGUGGAUGACCAACCUGAGAAGUGCCCUCAAAACUCACAGUCCCUCUCGGCCACACAGGCUGCUGGUGUUCAUCAAUCCAUUUGGGGGGAAAAAAAGAGCCAGGCAGAUUUACCACUCCUUGGUGGCCCCCCUGUUUGAGCUGGCCGGAAUCAGCUCUCAUGUAGUAGUGACUGAACGAGCCAAUCAGGCGAGAGAUCAUAUUUUAAAGAAAGACCUGACCGGAUUUGACGGUGUGGUGUGUGUCGGCGGAGAUGGAAUGUUCAGCGAACUGCUGCAUGGUGUGAUUGGGCGUACGCAACAGGAGGCGGGUCUUUCUGAGUGCGACACCACAGUAGCUUUGCAGCCAUGUAGCCUUCAUAUUGGCGUCAUUCCUGCAGGCUCCACAGACUGUGUAUGUUUUGCAACAGUGGGCGUGAAUGAUCCCGUGACCUCUGCUUUGCACAUCAUCAUCGGCGACUCUCAGCCUCUGGAUGUGUGCUCGGUACAUCACCCGUCAGCUCUGGUGCGCUACUCUGUGUCUCUGCUGGGCUACGGCUUCUACGGAGACGUGCUGGCAGAGAGCGAGAGGCACCGCUGGAUGGGCCCUCUCAGAUAUGACUACGCCGGUACCAUGGUCUAUCUGGGCAACAGGAGCUAUCCAGGCAUAGUUAAAUAUCUACCCGCCGAGCCACAGCUUUCCAGCCCCAGGGACAACACCCGCUGCAUGUCAGGAUGCCGGGUGUGUUCAGAAAGCACAGAGAGGCUGUUCCCUCAUCCUCCAGACUCACUGUACAGUUCCCACUUCAGCCACUUCAGCAAUGAUGCAGAGGGAGAGUGGGUGAGCGUGGAGGGCAGGUUCAGGUGUGUGUCCCUCACCUGCAUGUCCAGCUCCUGUCCCAGGAGCCCCCUGGGUCUGUCCCCCUCAGCCCACCUGGCUGACGGGACUGGAGACCUCAUCAUUGUCAGGGACACUCACCCUCUCAGCUUCCUCACCUUCCUGCACAGGCACACCACCAGCCAGGAUCAGUUCGACCUGCCCUUUGUGGAGGUCCACCGCGUGAAGGCCGUCCGCUUCUCCCUCCCGCCCGGCGAGGAAGACGAGGAGGAGGACAGCGGGAGCGAGGGGGGGACGGAGAGGCAGUGUGUCCACGACGGGGAGACUCGAAGCAGCAGCGGGUCUCAGCAGCACCUGGCAGAGCGAGGGGAGGAGCGAGGGAUCGCCAACAGCAAGAGAAGAAAGAAGAACUUCCUGUGUGGGCUGUGCGGUGGCCGGGCUCCCUCCGUCUCUGUGUGGAACUGUGAUGGAGAGAUCCUGCCGUACACAGAGCUUCUGUCCAGGGUGCACGGUCAGCUGGUGCGUCUGUACGCCCGGGGGAUCGAGGACGUGGCAGCCGUCCAGAGGAGCUGGGAGGGAAACAAGACCUGCAAGAGACGAGGUGUCCUGCACAACUGACACGUCUGACACGGAAGCCGUGUGUCUGAUUCGACUUCUGUACGCCGUGACAUAGUCAUGUGAUCUCAGCGGUCUGGUCCAGCCAGGGCAGGAACGAUGGUGAAAGGGUUGUGGAGGCUGAGAAAAACUGGAUUGUACGAUUCAAAACAAUAAGCCACGGUGCCUUUGGUUUUCAGGUUACUGCAGUCUCUCUUGACCCAAGGUUUUCCUAAUAUUUCAAAAUGUCUAAAGAGGAUGUCUGCAUUUUGUUACAGUAUAGUCAGGGAGUUUCUUUGAUUGACAGCACCUCGUGAAUGACCUCAUAUGAAUACAGUUGUUUUCAGUUUGAAGCAAAAAUGACUCCUGACUUGACACUGUAUGAAUGUGGUAUUGUUAGCAAUGUGUUUUAUCAAUGUUCAUUUGAGCUGCCCAUCUGUAGUUAUGACAAUGCUAAUCAUGUAAAGACUAAAAUAAUAAAUGGACACCUCACGUGCAA